AUGAGCACGCUCACCGAGACCACCCGCGCUUGGGACUUUUCCACUGUAUUCGACUAUAUCAAUGCCGUGUCUCCCAAGGCGGGGCACCAGCCGCCACCAGCCGCGAGAGAUGUCUCAUUCGACGUGCCGAAGCAUGCGCCAACUCAAGCGGUUGACUCAUUCGAUGAAGACGCAGCAAAUAGCUCCACGAGACUCGGCAAUCUCACGAAAGUGUGGCAAUUCUUAGGCGUGCCGAUCCCGCCUCCCGAUGCUGCACCCACCGCCGAGGGCGCGCACGACAUUGUUUCGGCGAAGCACGACUACGCUUCCGACGGUGCCGCCUACACGAGCAAGCACAAUUCGAGCAAGGUUACAUUUCAGUGGUCUUCCGGGACAGAUGAAGAAGAGCCUGUUGCUUCGCCUACUGCUCAGCCUCUGACCAGGACUCAAAAGAAGAGGGCCCGGAGGAAGGCGAACAAGAACACAUCUCAGUCGGAGGAUUCCUUGGUUCAACGCCUAGGCGCUGUGUCGGAAUCUGAAGCUGGUAAAUUGACAAAGAACACACCCGCCCGCAAGGCAUCCGCACAUGUCGUAUUGCCUGCUCCGCAGACAAGCUUGCCUGCACCGGGUGGCUCUGAGGUUGCAGCGGAUGCGAGAGACAACUACAAGAAGGGCAUGUCCGAGACCGACGCACAGUCCAACCAAUACACUGCGGCCGAUUCGAAGAAGCUGCACACCCCAGCUGGCAACUCCCAUAAUCACGCGCCAACCAUCAAUUCGCCGCGUAGCAAGACUACGCCAGCGGGUAACAUUCCCGACGAGGACGCGAUCAAUGCCGUCGCACAAGCUGCCGCGUGCAUUCAACAGGAUUUGCUUCCCCCGUCAGCCCCAAGUACACCAAAGAUGCACAAUAAACAGCCAAACGCGGCCAAGCGCACUCCCGCACAGCAGACGCCGAACAAAGCUCUAUCGCCGACUGCGGCCAAACAGACGCCUCAGUCUUUGGCAUCAAACGGUAUUGCUGCCACACACUUCAUUCCAGCUUCGGUACAGCCUGCGCAGAAUGCAAAGAAUCCGCUUCCACAGCAAUCUGUGCCCACUGGCCCAGCAGCACACGCAGUCGCGCCUGGCAAUAAAGGCAAGGGAACCAAGCCAUUCUACACGAUCGAGCCGAAGACCAUACGCACUGGAGAGGCUCGCAAUUUUGCCCUGUUCAAUAAGAUCAUGAACAACUUUCCAGAAGAUUUCAAACAUUUGGUUUCGCCUGCCAAUAUGACGACCCACAACAAUAACCCUGACGGCAUCCACGUCUUUGUUGAUGCCAGCAACAUCUUCAUUGGAUUCUUGGACGAGCUUAAGCAUUUGCGCGGCAUUCCUGCUAAUACUUACCUCCCACUUCCCCAGCUGUCUUUCGACGGACUAGCACUGUUGAUGGAGAGAAGACGCCCAGUCGCGAAGCGAUGGCUGGCUGGUACGACGCCACAUAUGGCUGCUUUUGACAAAGCAGAAGCUGUUGGCUAUAAGUGCCUCAUCAUGGAAAAGGUUCACAAGGCCAAACAACUUACGCCACGUCAAAUAUACUUCCAAAACCUGGAUGCACGUUCUCACGGAAAGAGACCGAACCGAGCACCUCCAUGCAACAAUGUGCUCGAUGGGUAUCGCUCACCAAGCUCUGCUAACCGCGGUAUCGGCAGCGGCAGUGCCUCGGGAACAGACGCGCCGCAGUACGCACCUCCCGCGAUGGUGGAGCAGGGUGUCGAUGAGCUCUUGCAUCUGCAAAUGGCCACUUCUAUCCUCAGUUCCAAGACGCCUGGCACCAUGGUCUUGGCUACCGGAGACGCCGCCAUUGCCGAGUACAGUAAUGGUUUCAUGUACUAUGCCGAGUUAGCCUUGGAAGCCGGAUGGACCGUUGAGCUUGUGAGUUGGAGCAAGAACAUCGCUUCGGCGUACAAGGACUCGCAAUGGACAAGACAUUGGGGCGAUCGGUUCCGGAUCACCUACUUGGAUCAUUAUGCGGAGGAGUUGCUUGACAUGUGA